UAAAUAAAUCGGUUCAAAUGCAUUUGACAUAGUUUUUUAACUAAUAAUCCUAAUAUAUCUCUUUCGAACUAAGUUUCAAACACAUCUCGGUCCAAAUAGCUUUCCACUCUGUGAGGCUGAUGUACAUGGUUGAUAUACGCAAUCUAACAGUCGAUCAAACUAACAAAGAAAAAUCUUAUUCUGCAAAAAAAAGAAAAAGAAAAAUCUUAUCACCUAUGAAGAAAACAAAGUUCAAAAGGACGAGUUUGUUUAUAUCUCCUCUCAAAAAAGCUUUGUUUAUAUUUCUUAAGCAAAGGUUGUUUAUAUUUCUUAAGCAUUGUGUGUGUGUUCGAUCUCCCAUGUGUCAAUUGGAAUUCAUGGGAAACUCUCCUGUCUAGUGAGCUUAAUCUUUCUACUUUUACAUGCCAAUCAAGUCCUGCUAUGAAUAUGGUCCUUUACAGAAACAUAAGAAUUCCCAAAUAUAUCUGUGCAUUAUCAUCCUCCGUAAAGAAUGACAGUUGACACAAUUAUAUGGCUCAUUCAAGAUGUCGGAGGAAGAAGUAAGAUAAUUUAUGAUAGAAAAUCGCUGGUAAAAACAACCAGCAAACAACAUUAAAAUUUAUAUCCAAAACCAGCAUAUAGUAUCAGAAACAGGUAUAUUUCAGCAGAAAACAACAUAAUUCUACUCUUAUUCAGCUACACAUCAUUGACAUGAUCCAAAAAUUCAAACAAUUAUUCUCAAUUCCAAAUUCAUUUUUGCUCAGGCUCUUGCUUCUCGAAGAAGGUCCUCUUCAAAAAGCCCCAUACCUGAACGAGGUAGAGAGCCCCGGUGGCGGCGGUAACGCCCCACAAGGCGGCGGCUUUGACGUCGGUGGGUUGAAUACGAAACUUCAAAGGCAAACCGGCCAUUUUCCCAAAUCUCAAAAAUCUGAUGCGAAAAAAAGAACCCUAGCAGCACCUCUUCAAUUAAUUCCAAAUGGUCGGAGAAUUGUUGUUAUAUUAACAAUAUACUACUCUUUAGCUUCACUCUCUUAAAUAAUGUAUUUUUUAUUUUUUAUUUUUUAUUAUUACUAUUUUCACGUAUAUAUUUCUAUCGAGAUAUUGAAUAUUUAAUAAUAGUGUUAAAAAAAAUAAACAUCUUAUUUAUUAAAAGUAACUUGAAUAGGAACUCGAAAAGAGUAUUAAUUAAUUGUUAUAUUGAAAGAAGGCUAAACUAUUGGUCUGAAAUGUUAUGGGUAGACAUGACAACGGAGUGGGGGUUGGUUGAGUACGAAGUUUGUCGUCUUAUUUCAGCAUUCAACUAAUCAGAAAAAACU